AUGAACUCGAAUUUUACCGGAACCACCAGAAAAAGGCAGGUCAAUCUCGGUAAUCGCAGUCUUGCUGCCCGGAACAAGAACUCGUUCCUCCAGACGGCCCAAUUGGACCGGCAGCGGCGAGAAAGAGCCCGUGCAGAGACCCGGGCAGUUAUACUUCUUCAGUCUCUUAUACGACGGUAUUUGGACCUUAAAAACGUCAAGAACCAGUUAGGACAACAGUGGGACGGCAGAAACCUUGCCGAAUUCAACUUCUUCUGGCCCCAAGUCGCAUCUGACCUUUAUAUAGGCUAUCUGGACAAAAUAAGGGUUAUAGCUGAUUCCAACCAGUUGACCCCUACAGCAGCAUCCAAAACCGCAUCUGUGCUCAUCAAGGCAGUGACGACUGCUGAAAGUCCAAAUUUCAUCAAACGGUCUCUUCAAUUGAUUCUCCGCAUCCACCACACUUACACCAUCUCUGUGGACUGGGAUCCGCUCGCCCACACCUUACUCAAGAUCUACUCCCAGGACCCGCUUUUCAUCGAGACAAUCUUCGAAAUCGCACCUUACACAAGCAAAGAGCUCAUCUUGUUCCUUGUGUCACCUCAAAAAGAGUUCAUUGAGACUGGCAUCAACACAGAUUAUCUAAGGCUGUGUCUAUCAGUGGAGACACAGUUUGCUUGGAUACUAAACCACGAGUCUGAGUUUGAUGGUUUGUCAGAUCUCCAGAGAUACAACUAUCUGCUGAAUAUUGUGAAGAUCCUCUCGCAAAGCUCAUUGUCUGUGUCGACGCUGUCCAUCCGGGCGUUUUCGGUGAUCAUAGGCGGCAUCUCAAGCACUUUGAAUUUUGACGAGGAUAGUCCGUCUUCGGAAUCGAUUCAAGUUCUUGCUGAAGACGAGCCAAUCAUUGACCAACUGUAUGCUCCAGAGUUCACCAAGGCUGUGAUCAAACAGUGUGGCACACUCGAAAACGAAACAGAUACGUUUGUGUCGUUCUUCUUUGCACUUUUGCAUUUGGUGUCUGGCAAGGCAUCGAAGAAUCAAAUCUUCAAGAACGAUCUCUUGGUCAACCUGAUUGUGGCGUCUUCUUCAAUUGACUUUAUGAACUCGUGUUUCCAGAAACUUACGAACAAUCACUUCUUCGCCCAAGUUUUCGUUUUGGCCGAAGAGAAGAACCAGUUGGUGAACGACAGAGAUUUCAAAAACUCGCUUUUGGAUCCAUCUAGAGAGCUUUGGUGGAAAACAUUAUUUCUCCUAGAAGAACUGUACGCAUACCUCUUGUCUGUUUCGAACGACGCUGAUUUGUUCAACGAUGGCCGGCUGGACCAGGAAACUUAUCUUUACUUUGUGAGAUUCCUUCGAAGUCUGUCGUUGCUGUACGUUUUGGGCCAGAGACUGAUACAAUUCAAAAACCUCCCUGCAACAGAGUCUCGCAUAUUCAAGUUUUACAACACGAUCGGGCUCAUGACUCUGCGGCUGCUUAAACAGAUUUACUUACGUGACUUGAGAAUGAACUUGACUGACGAAGGAUUUUGGCUACUUGGCGACCCAAUUUUCUCGUUGAAGAACGUUUCUAAUCUUGUUCCGCUACUGGAGCUGCCAGAUGACGAUGAGGACCGCGCAACAGAUAGUUUGCUGCCGGAGUAUCUUGAAAGACAGACAAACGCGCAAUCGGUGGAUAACUAUCUGAUUUUGACGUAUCUUCCCUUUAUGGUUCCGUUUGACACGCGAGCAGAGCUUUUCAGACAACUGGUGGAACAGGACCGGGCACAGGUGAGCCACGUUUUUGGACCGAAACUGCAGGCAGUUGUUUCUCGAGAGAAUGUGCUUUUCGACGCUUUCGAACAAUUCGGCGAGCUGCGUGGCCAGCAGUUCAAGUACCCGCUAUCUGUGGAGUUUAUCAACCAGUUUGGCGAGAAGGAGGCAGGAAUCGACGGAGGUGGACUAACGAAAGAGCUUCUAACGAGUAUUGUUGACAGUGCGUUCAUUGUUUCGAGCUCGAACGAGAACAAGAACGGAGGCAUCAAGUUCUUUAAUGCCACAUCGAGCUACCAACUGUACCCGAACCCUGACUAUUUUCUGAAGCUCAAGUUGCAACAACAGAACCCAUCUUUCGACUUUGGCGACGAGGAAAAGACGUUCUAUCUGCAAAUGCUACGGUUUCUUGGGAUGGUGAUCGGAAAGUGUCUGUACGAAAGUGUUUUAACCGACGUCCAGUUUGCUCCGUUUUUCCUGAGUCGAUGGACCAACACGACACUGCAGCAGCAGCACCGCGUCUCGUUUGACGAUCUCAAGACUUUCGACAAGGAACUCCACGGCAACCUGUCCAAGUUGCUCAAACUUUCAGAGGACGAGCUGGAUUCUUUGGACUUGAGCUUCACCAUCACAGAGAAGCUGCAGGACUCUUCAGACGUGGUGACGAUCGACCUUCUUCCUGGAGGUCGUCGGAUCCGCGUGAACUCACAGAACAAGCUGCAUUACGUCUACUGCAUGGCCAAGUUCAAGAUGGACCAGUCGAUUGCAAUCCAGUCGCGGUACUUCAUCGAGGGCUUAUCGCAGAUCAUCAAGCCCAAAUGGCUGUCGUUCUUCAACCAGUACGAAGUUGCCAAGUUGAUUUCCGGCGGCGAGCGUGAGAUCAGCAUCGAAGACCUCAAGAAGAACACCGCUUUAGGCGGUUUUUCGAUGAACGACCAAACGGUGAUCGAUCUGUUUGAGCUGCUGGAAGAGUUCGACAACUCGAUGCGUUCCAAGUUCCUCAAGUUUGUCACGUCGAGCUCGCGCGAGCCGUUGCUGGGAUUCAAGGAGCUAACGCCCAACUUUGGCAUCCGCAACUCGGGUUCGGACCUGUCGCGGCUACCAACAGCCUCCACCUGUGUCAACCUGCUUAAACUGCCCGACUACAGAAACAAAAAGCUUCUCAAGGAGAAACUGCUCUACUCGAUCAACUCGCACGCAGGGUUCGACCUGUCUUGA